AUGCUAGCCCCCUGUUUUCUCCCUCGUCCAAUCUCCUCACUUGCACCCUUCCUCUCUUCCACACUUCCCCCUUUCCUCUCUGUCCCGCCUUUCCUCCCUUGCUUCCCCUCGUUUACUUUACCCCCUUUCUUCCCCUCAUUUUCCCCCCUGCUUCCCCUCAAUUCCUCCCAUGCUUCCCCUCAUUUCCCCCGCUGCUGCCACUCAUUUCCCUCCCUGCUUCACCUCAUUUCCCUCCCCGCUUUCCCUGUUUGUACCCGCCUGCUUCCCCUCAUCCCCCCCCCCCAGCUUCCCCUCAUCCCCCCCCCCCACCUCCCCUCAUUUCCCCCGCUGCUGCCCCUCAUUUCCCUCCCUGCUGCCCCUCAUUUCCCUCCCUGCUUUCCCUGUUUGUACCUGCUUCCCCUCAUUAAGCCCCUGCCCCCCCUCAUUUCCACCCCUGCUUCUCCUCAAUUCCCCCUCUGCUUCCCAGGAUUUCCCAAUUUGUUUCCCCUCGUUUCCCUCCAUGCUUCCCCUCGUUUCCCCCUCUUCUUCCCCUCGGCUCAUCUUCCUAUCUCUCGCUUUCCCUCUCCCCCUAUUCCAUAUGUCCAAUACCGGAGUGGAAGGACACAUGGAGAGGGAGGCGGGAAGCGAGGAGGGGGAUGGAGGGAAGCAGGGAAGGGGAUGGGGGGAAGCAGGGAAGGGGAUGGGGGGAAGCAGGGAAGGGGAUGGGGGGAAGCAGGGAAGGGGAUGGGGGAAGCAGGGAAGGGGAUGGGGGGAAGCAGGGAAGGGGAUGGGGGGAAGCAGGGAAGGGGAUGGGGGGAAGCAGGGAAGGGGAUGGGGGGAAGCAGGGAAGGGGAUGGGGGGAAGCAGGGAAGGGGAUGGGGGGAAGCAGGGAAGGGGAUGGGGGGAAGCAGGGAAGGGGAUGGGGGGAAGCAGGGAAGGGGAUGGGGGGAAGCAGGGAAGGGGAUGGGGGGAAGCAGGGAAGGGGAUGGGGGGAAGCAGGGAAGGGGAUGGGGGGAAGCAGGGAAGGGGAUGGGGGGAAGCAGGGAAGGGGAUGGGGGGAAGCAGGGAAGGGGAUGGGGGGAAGCAGGGAAGGGGAUGGGGGGAAGCAGGGAAGGGGAUGGGGGGAAGCAGGGAAGGGGAUGGGGGGAAGCAGGGAAGGGGAUGGGGGGAAGCAGGGAAGGGGAUGGGGGGAAGCAGGGAAGGGGAUGGGGGGAAGCAGGAAGGGGAUGGGGGGAAGCAGGGAAGGGGAUGGGGGGAAGCAGGGAAGGGGAUGGGGGGAAGCAGGGAAGGGGAUGGGGGGAAGCAGGGAAGGGGAUGGGGGGAAGCAGGGAAGGGGAUGGGGGGAAGCAGGGAAGGGAUGGGGGGAAGCAGGGAAGGGGAUGGGGGGAAGCAGGGAAGGGGAUGGGGGGAAGCAGGGAAGGGGAUGGGGGGAAGCAGGGAAGGGGAUGGGGGAAGCAGGGAAGGGGAUGGGGGGAAGCAGGGAAGGGGAUGGGGGGAAGCAGGGAAGGGGAUGGGGGAAGCAGGGAAGGGGAUGGGGGAGGAAGCAGGGAAGGGGAUGGGGGGAAGCAGGGAAGGGGAUGGGGGGAAGCAGGGAAGGGGAUGGGGGAAGCAGGGAAGGGGAUGGGGGAAGCAGGGAAGGGGAUGGGGGAAGCAGGGAAGGGGAUGGGGGGAAGCAGGGAAGGGGAUGGGGGAAGCAGGGAAGGGGAUGGGGGGAAGCAGGGAAGGGGAUGGGGGGAAGCAGGGAAGGGGAUGGGGGGAAGCAGGGAAGGGGAUGGGGGGAAGCAGGGAAGGGGAUGGGGGGAAGCAGGGAAGGGGAUGGGGGGAAGCAGGGAAGGGGAUGGGGGAAGCAGGGAAGGGAUGGGGGAAGCAGGGAAGGGGAUGGGGGAAGCAGGGAAGGGGAUGGGGGGAAGCAGGGAAGGGGAUGGGGGGAAGCAGGGAAGGGAUGGGGGAAGCAGGGAAGGGGAUGGGGGGAAGCAGGGAAGGGGAUGGGGGGAAGCAGGGAAGGGGAUGGGGGGAAGCAGGGAAGGGGAUGGGGGGAAGCAGGGAAGGGGAUGGGGGGAAGCAGGGAAGGGGAUGGGGGGAAGCAGGGAAGGGGAUGGGGGGAAGCAGGGAAGGGGAUGGGGGGAAGCAGGGAAGGGGAUGGGGGGAAGCAGGGAAGGGGAUGGGGGGAAGCAGGGAAGGGGAUGGGGGGAAGCAGGGAAGGGGAUGGGGGGAAGCAGGGAAGGGGAUGGGGGUAAGCAGGGAAGGGGAUGGGGGGAAGCAGGGAAGGGGAUGGGGGUAAGCAGGGAAGGGGAUGGGGGGAAGCAGGGCAGGGGAUGGGGGGAAGCAGGGAAGGGGAUGGGGGGAAGCAGGGAAGGGGAUGGGGGGAAGCAGGGAAGGGGAUGGGGGGAAGCAGGGAAGGGGAUGGGGGGAAGCAGGGAAGGGGAUGGGGGAAGCAGGGAAGGGGAUGGGGGGAAGCAGGGAAGGGGAUGGGGGGAAGCAGGGAAGGGGAUGGGGGGAAGCAGGGAAGGGGAUGGGGGUAAGCAGGGAAGGGGAUGGGGGGAAGCAGGGAAGGGGAUGGGGGUAAGCAGGGAAGGGGAUGGGGGAAGCAGGGCAGGGGAUGGGGGGAAGCAGGGAAGGGGAUGGGGGGAAGCAGGGAAGGGGAUGGGGGGAAGCAGGGAAGGGAUGGGGGAAGCAGGGAAGGGGAUGGGGGGAAGCAGGGAAGGGGAUGGGGGGAAGCAGGGAAGGGAAUAG